AUGGCGAUGAAACGACUGAAUAAGGAGAUCAAGGAUAUGGCGCGUGAACCAUCACCAAGCUGUACAGCGGCGCCACACGACGAGGACAUCUUCAACUGGAGAGCAAAAAUACAAGGUCCUCCAGACUCACCGUAUCAAGGCGGAGUUUUCAUAUUACAAAUAAACUUUCCAACUGACUAUCCCUUUAAACCACCAAAGAUUUCUUUUAUUACAAAAAUCUUCCAUCCGAAUAUCAACGAUAAAGGCAAUAUUUGUAUGGACAUCCUACGAUCACAGUGGUCUCCUGCGCUCACGGUCACUAAAGUCCUUCUCUCAAUAGCCUCACUGAUGAGUGACCCGAACCCAGACGACCCACUUGUACCCGACCGCGCCAAUCUCUAUAAACGCGAUCGCCAGAAAUUUAAUGAGGAAGCGAAAAGAUGGACUAAGGAAUAUGCAAUGUAA